CAUGUUAGUUCAGUCUCGUUAGAAUGAAGUGUAUUCAUGAUUAAAACGCGUCAGAACAGACGCACAAGAGAGCAUGCAUUAGUGUAAAGGUGAUGAAAUGAGAAUAAAAGCAAAGCAAAGGUAAAAGUUGAACUUAUUCAACUUGACUCUGGUGUGUUUUCUACUCGGUAAACUCUUCUCGUCGCCCUCCCUCGUCGACGUUUCUUACGUACGCAGCCGUGGCGUGCCCGCAAGCCAAAUAACAUGGAGUCCUCUAGUCUGGCAUCUUCCAGAGAUCCAUGAAACGGACCUGAACCUGAGCAGCGACGACACGGAGCGACCUCCUCCUCCAACAUGGGAGCAGUCCGAGCCGCCGGAGAGCAUCGUCGAGAUGCGUAAAAAGCUUCAGCUCCCCCGGCCUCAAACUAUGAGAAUGAGCGGUGCUUAACCAGCAGCAAGCAGCAGCAGCUCAGCCUUCCUCUGACUGCGACCAGCACACCAAAACCAGGCCGAAUUCAUGUUUGUUCAUGUUUUCCAGAAGAAGAGGAGGCUGCACAAUGUAGGACGGCUGGUCACCAGUGGGACUCCAUACUGCUCUCUGGGGGGGCACCAUGGAGCCAGAAGGGCGACCCCUAACCCCAGGGACCAGUUAUGGGCCCUCACCCUUCAACUCAGCACAAAACCCCGUCACCCCCACCUUCCUCAACUGCACCUUACAGUCCUCAUGCUCUCCAAAUGUGAGAGACGACUUGAUGUCUGCCAAACGCUCGUGGGGCCACGCUGGAGAUGAGGAGGGCCCAGAGCAGACUGAAGGCACUCAGCCACCCAGUGCAGAGCCAGGGAGGAGCGCACAGAGGAGAUUCAGGUCCUCAGCCUUUCCUUCCUCCCUAAGCUGGGACUCUGACUCUGAGAAAGAAACUCUAGAUGAGGAGGAGCUACAGCACUUUUCUAACCCUCAUGGUCUGGCUGCUCACAGCCCAGGAUCUCCUUCUUCUGGACUCAGACUUGAUAGCGAAGAUGACCGAGAACCUGAAAAACUGCAGCACUUGCAUAGCAAGACUGACUCGUCUCCCGCUGUGGAGGGGCAUGAUGACAACAAUGAGAGCACAAAGACAGGAGAGCCAAAUACGUCUCAGCUUGGCCCAACAGACUUGGCAGACAGCAACGUGUGGAAUGUAUCUGAGGGAGCUGAGCUGUUUCUGUCCAAAGUAAAACCAAAGGAAGGCUGCCAAAUGGAGGAGGAGGAGGCGGACCACAGCGAGGGAGAGAAGAGGCCCAAGGGAAAAGAAACCAAGGAGCCUGAGAGGGAUGUGUACACCUUCCCUGGAGACUCAGACCCCGAGAGUCCCCCUCCUGCCCCUUGGGCUCAUUGCACAUUCAUUCAGCGGUGCAGAAAGAAGAGGGUGCUGCUCAGGCCCUUCUCCGGACUUGGCACCUUGAAGCGCACAUCGCCUGAAACUGGCAAGCGGGCGAGAGGGAGUCCUCAAAAAUCCAAAAGCAUUGAGACGGCACAGCUGAAUCAAGGCGGACGGGUGUAUGAUUUUGAGGAAGUCGGCUUCGAAGAGGCAGCAGUGGAGGAACAGAUGAAGUUCGGAGAGACAGGAGGGAAAAGAGAUAAAGAAGAAGAAGAAGAAGAAAGGGGGGGAGAGCCAGGUAAAGAAAUCUUCACCUGCGUGGAAUGUAGCAUUUACUUCAAAAAGCAGGUCCACCUGCAGGAGCACAUAGUCGAGCACUGUCAGAGUGGGGGCAGGCGUUUAGGAAAGGGCAGCCGUUUUCGGUGCAUUGAGUGUGGCUGGAACCUGUCGAAUCGGCUCGCGUUGGCAGACCACCACAGGAGGCACCAGGAGUCCCGUCUAAAGAUCUUGGAGGAGAUUGAGAAACUGAAUGAAAACGGGAAUGCUAGAGAGAUCCAGAAACUGGACAGUAAGACAGUGAAGCAGAUAAGCUCAGACUCGGCUAUUAUGCAAGAUGCAAGCCCAGCCUCGAUUCCAGGCAAAAUGUCAGACCCAGAAAUAGUCGCAUCUCCACCUCUUUCCCCAGCCCCAGUUUCAACACCAGACUCAGCAGUUCUCUGCUCAACUCCUCCGAAUUCAGUUCGAACUCCAGCUCAGGCCCGAGCUGUUUCCGCCUGCCGCCGCCGUUUCAUCUGCACCAAGUGUAACUUCAGCACAAGAACCUCCCAGGCACUGGCUAAUCAUACCAAGACCCACAAUAGAAAGAAACCCGCCCUCCAGGCUGACUCCCCGUCCCCUGGCUCACCAUCAUGUUCCCUGGCCUGUGGUCACUGUGCCUUCCUGACCUCCAGUCAAACUGUAAUGAGGGAACACCAGAAACUUGUUCACCCAGGACAGGCCACCAUCAGCGGGGCGAAGGCUGAUGAGACUGGCCGGCAUUCAAGGUCUAAAGUGGGCGCUCGAAUUUCAAAACCCACUUUAGAUUCUGACCAUCUCUCUGGGUCUGGAUCCUCGCCGGAUGCAACUCGAGGCGAAAGCCAGCAGGGAGUCACUGCCUCUGAGGACUGCACAACGCCAGACAGCGCUGCAGCUCGGCCCACAAGCCAGGCAGUCUUCAAGCGUGUUGGGAACAGGAGAUUCAGCAGAAGAGUGAAGACAUGGACUGAUCCGGCCAAGUUUCUGGAUGAUGGCAAGCUGACCGGGAGUGAAGAAGAAGAGCAGGACAAAGAUCAGAGCACAGAGCUCGACACAGAGCGUUCCCAACAACACGCCAACUCUCCUGUUGGAGUGAAACCGCACACAAGAGCACGAUCCAACACAGAGGACUGCUCGGCACAGCGGACUGCUACAUUAUCGCUCCCCUCUGAGAAGUGUCUGAAGGACGAAGACAAGCUGGAAGUGGAGAAAGAUGGAAAGGUUUUCUUUUUGAGGAGGAGCAACCGGGUUACUGCUGCUACCGCAGAAAAUGACAGUGAUGAUGAUGACGAGGACAUUGACGAGGAAAGCGUGCGACGUUUCCUGUCAGAGGGCAUCUUGGAUGAAGACCCGGAUGAGAUUGAUGAGGACUCGGAGGCGCUCAAGAGUGUGGAGAGGAAAUGCCCCUACUGCCCUGAUCGAUUUCAUAAUGGCAUUGGGCUUGCCAAUCACGUGAGAGGCCACCUGAACCGAGUGGGCGUCAGCUACAAUGUGCGUCACUUCAUAUCCCCUGAGGAAGUCAAUGCGAUUGAGAAGAAGUUUUCCUAUCAGAAGAAGAAGAAAAAAGUUGCCAACUUUGACCCCGACACAUUCAGCGUGAUGCACUGCGAGUUCUGCAGCGCCGGCUUCGACACCCGGGCCGGCCUGUCCAGCCACGCCAGGGCCCACCUCCGCGACUUCGGCAUCACCAACUGGGACGUCACCAUCUCGCCCAUCCACAUCCUGAGGGAGCUGUUCUCCAGCAGGCCCGACCUCGUGAUCCCCACGGCUCCCCCCCGGAGCCCCGGUUCCUCACCGGAGGAGGGAGAGGAGGAAGAGGAAGAGGAAGAGGAAGAGGAAGAGGAAGAGGAAAAGGAAGGGGAGGAGGAAGGGGAGGGAAUCAUCGAGGUAAAGCUAGAGAGGGAGACAAGUGAAAGGACGCCGAGCGCUGCUGUUUCUGACGCGCUGCCUUCAGCAUCUCCUCAACGCUGCAAGAAGGAGGACGGUGGGGAAGAGUGUGAAGGUGAGGAGGAGGAAGCAGCCGAGGAAGAGGAUGAGGAGGAGCUCCAGCUUCCAGCUCCGGACGGUCUGAGCUCGACACAGAAAGCAGGGCUGUGCAGCGUGGACUCAGACGGCGUCUCUCCCGGGGAGGAUGCAGACUCCAAGGUCCACAACUUGAAGUGCGAGGUGUGCGGAGCUCAGUUUGAGACGAGGCGUGGACUGUCCAGUCACGCCCGCUCUCACCUGCGUCAGCUGGGCAUCAGCGUUUCGGAGAGCAGCGGGGCGCCCAUCGACCUCCUCUACCAAAUCGCCAAAGAGCGCGACAUAGACGGCCAAAUAAGCUCAUCCCCUCUCCAGCCCCUUCCAGCCAAGAAGUCCUCGCCGUCUGUUCCUCGGAAAGAUGAGGAGUUAGAAGACAUGGACUUAGACGAGAAACCCAUCCCUCUCUCCGUCCUGGCCAAAGCAGCGAAAGUGGCGCCGCCCUCGUCCUCCUCCACGCCUACUACGCCUUCUCCCGGUGCCUCUCCGGCUCCGCCUCAUUCUGCCUCCCCCUCCUCAGUAGUGAGGAAAGCCCCCAUUUCCUCUCUGCUGCCCGUGUCUUCCCCCUUGCGCUCCCCGGAGCACAAGGCCGGGGGAAUGAAAGGAUUGACCUCUAACCUCUCUGCCACCGUCACAACCAAACCCCUCUGGGCGCCGCAGGAGAAUGACGCUCCUCUCAACCUCACGCUGGAGGUGGACCCCAACAAGGACAUCGUUUGCCAGCUGUGUGGCGCUUGGUUCGAGACUCGGAAAGGCUUAUCCAGUCACGCGCGAGCCCACCUGCGGCACUUUGGGGUGGAGUACUCCGAAUCCAAAGGCUCCCCCAUCGACCUCCUGAACCAGCUCAUCGACUCCGACGACUUCAAGCACAAAGCCAGUGCGCUGCAGCUCAACAGCCACGCGGAGCCGCGAGGCCUCGGGACCACGCUCUCCUCCCCGAAGCAGUCCCUGCUGAGCCUCUCUUCCUCUUCAUCCCUCCUCUAUAAGGUGACCACAGCCGGGGGCGGGUCCACAUCCAAAGCUACCUCUUCAUCUGCCUCGUCUUUACUCGGCCCACCCGCCAAGCGUCACAAGUCCUCUUCCAUGAGGGUCUUCCGCCUGAGUAGUGGCGAGCUCAUGGCCCUUCCACACAGUGAACCUCCAAAGGAAAUAGGCUGCGAGUUCUGUGGGGAAUAUUUUGAGAACCGUAAAGGCCUCUCCAGCCACGCCCGCUCCCACCUGCGCCAGAUGGGCAUCACCGAGUGGACCGUCAACGGUUCCCCGAUCGACACCCUGAGGGAGAUCAUCAACCGACGGGGCCUGCCUUGCGCUCUUCCUCUAAAACCUCUCAAAACUCCGCCUCCGUCCUCUCCGGGACCCCCUCGCUCGCCUCUGCCGACCUCCUCCUCUCCUUCAGCAACCCUCCUCAGCCGUCUGCCCUUCGCCUUCGCCCGCCCCUCCAGUCCUCCUCAGUCCGCGGCGUCUAAAUCAAGCUCGUCUUCUAGUGGGCUGAUCCUCAAGCUGAAGCCAGAGCCGGUGCAGCUGGAGGUCACCACGCCUGGAGCCGUGGGGAGAUCUGCUGGCUUCUCCGGUGAAGCUCUCAACUGUAGUUGGAGCAGCUCUGACAGCGUGUUCCCCCUCAACCUGGCCAUGGCCCAUGAAGUGGAGCCUACGCGAGAUAUCCGCUGCGAGUUUUGCGGGGAGUAUUUUGAGAACCGCAAAGGCCUCUCCAGCCACGCCCGCUCCCACCUGCGCCAGAUGGGCAUCACCGAGUGGACCGUCAACGGCUCGCCCAUCGACACCCUGAGGGAGGUUAUGCACAAGAGAGGGGUGGGCACCUCCUCCUCUCGCUCGGACCAGGGAGUGAAGAAGGAGUCGAGCCACGGAGCCAACAGCCCCCUGUGGGAGAACACGGGGGGCACCGGCACCUCAGAGGGUUUGGGCAUUUCAGGCUACCAUACCUCCAAAUACCGCAAAUCUCCGCUCAGUUUGCUGCAGUCGGGGUCGAGGCUCCACAAGCAAGGCCUGGGGGCCACAUCUGCUACCCCACCCGCGGGGAAGUUUUUCAGGCUGUCCCCUCUGGGGAAGAGGCCUCUGUCUGCGGAGGCCCAGUCAGCGGAGACCGCCAACUCGCCGUCACAUCAACUUAAGACUUUCUCACCUCUGCCACAGGAUUUCUCCUUCAAAAGAAAACCCUCCCCAGACAAGCACGGGCACCAGGAUCCUAGUUGCGAGCUGUGUGGCUUCUACUUUGAGAACCGUAAGGCUCUUGCCAGCCACGCGCGAGCCCACCUGAGGCAGUUCGGCGUGACUGAGUGGUGUGUAAAUGGAUCCCCCAUCGAGACGCUAAGCGCCUGGAUACGCAGCAGGCCGCAGAAGGUGUUGGAGAUGCAUCGUAGCUACAUGCAGGGUAACCGCUCCACCCUCAAGAAGAAGAGCAGCUCGCCUCUCACUGCGCUGACGGAUUCUGAUCAUAUCCUCCCCAUCUCAUCGCGGAAGGCCUCCUCUUCCUCCUCCUCCUCCCAGUGGUCUUCUUCUUUGGCUGUAAGCCUGGUGCGGCCGCUGAGCCGCGACGUCAGCCAGGGCUCCUCCAAGACCGCCGAGGGGGAAUCCGGUACCAACCUACACGCUCCGUUCAGGCCGGGCCGCGGCAGUCCCAGCCUCUCGCGACUCGCCGACGGCCUCCCGCUUCAAGCACAGGUGGCACGCAGUGAGCUUAACGUCCGCCUGCCCAGAGGUUUCGAGCGUCGGCCCUUGAAGCACCCGUCUUGCCCAGAUGGAACAGAGAGCCCUCCGAAACCCCCCCGCACAGGCACCGUCCCCGCCCUGGUGCCCAAACCACCCUCCUACCCACUGGUCAAACUGGUGGGCAAGUUCUACACCCUGAAGUGCCGGUUCUGUGAGGUGGAGUUUCACGGCCCGCUGUCGGUGCAGGAGGACUGGAUCAGACACCUCCAGCAGCACAUCCUCAAGAUGAACUACAACAAGGCCGCUGCACCCAAAGCAGCCUCAACUGCCCCAGUUGAUGACCCGGCCCCGGCCUCCACCUCUACCUCCAGUACCACCUCCACCACGCCUGCCCUCACCUCCACCGUGACCUGCGCCACAGCUCCCAGCAGCCGCUCCCCUACGCCUCCGGUGGCCGAGCGCGCUCAGCCCGUCACUGCCACAGAGAUUGUAAAGGUCUCGGAGGAGCAGCAGCCCACCCUAUCUCCAACAUCUCUUCCCCUCCCCACCCAGACAGUGUAAGCUCACAUUCAUCACUGUCAUUUAACCCCUUUUGUUUUCUCCUGCCUUUUUAUAUAUCUUUUCGUCCAUCCGUUUCUUUCCUUUGGCCUUCACAAAGUGUUGUUGAGGAGGAGUGUUUCCCCUCCAAAGAGCCCUCUGAGCCCCAAGCACCUUUUGAUGCAGCUUUCUAGACUGUUACUAAGUCCCGUUACCAGGGGAACCAAGCUCUUCUGGCUUAUCUGCGCACCGGGAACGGGCGAUUGUGGGAAGUGUCGGAGAGAUGAACUAAUGUUUUGUGUUUGCCUUGUUUAUAUUGAAUGUCCAGGUUGUUGACGUGGACCGUUGCUGUACCUCUCCUCCCAUUCACGGGCGAUUUAGGGGUUAAUGUAGCCCUUUAUCAAACUUCGAUUCCACCGUUUUGCCCCUUUUUCCCUUUAUGAACUGUGCGUUACUAAGACCGGUGAGACUUUGACCGUGUCUAUUGGCACGCUGGUAGCGCUGGCCUCAGCCUCUCACCCGAAGGUCCUGACUGAGAUUGAAUGACAUUUCUAAUCAUGCUAUAGUCUCGUGGUUGAGACUUCAAACAUGUGGUAACACUUGGUGUUAAAACAGGCACUUUUAACGGUGACAUUGUCACUUAGCACUUAACUGAAACGCCCAUUUAAAUGGGCGAAAUUUGACUUAAUUGGAAUUGGUUAAAGGAGCAAGAAGUGGAAGCACACCCAAAAAGGGAAAAAUCCCCCUUGUUAACUUUAUAAUGUAACGCUUUUCCCCCAAAAUAUACAUUUUGCUUGAAUGUAGCUUAAAGCACCUAUUAAUACCUUUUUAUAUGCACACAAUCAAACAUAUGCCCCAUGUUACUACGCCAUUGAUAGUUUUCAUGAUGUUAUUACUCCACAGUCUGCUGUUGUGUUGGAGGCACGAUCGCCUUUUUAAUCUGCAUCGGAGAAGCAGGGCCAUAGAAAACGUUCAAGGUUACAAGUUUUUUCCAUUCACAGUGUUGCCAUUUUCUUCCUGCCUUUUUUCCCCAUUCAACCCAAGUUAUUAUUUAUUUAUUCUUAUGCAUCUGAAUGUGGUAAGCUAGGUCAUUUUAAAGCUAAAGUAGAACUCUGGAAUGUUUGAAAAUAGGUCAGCGGUGCACUUUUACACUAGUGCACAAUGUGUGUGUGUGCGUGAGUGUUAGUUUGUAUGUUUGUGUACAUACAUAGCAAAUGUGCAUUUGUUUCCCAAUUUAAAGAGAACCUGCUGAUAGGAAGUGGACUAAACGUGGGAACCUGUCUGCGUGCAGUCUUAUCAGGACUUAAAUGCAUCCGUCAUCGUGUUGGGAUGUGCCAAAGAGUCUGUUUACUUCCUUGUCUUGCCUCUGUAAAAGCUGUUUACAUUGGACCUGAUUGGUGGAGGAAACUCUGCACAGCUAUCGAAUUCAAGUUCCUCCGCGCUGAACAAUGGACUGAACCGGCGGCGAUAUGCAUCCACUACAUGCACGGCAGAGAAGAAGAAGACUUCGGAGCGGCUUCGUGGGACUCGUGUUGUUACUGUAGGGUUAGAUUAUUCCAAUUAAACACGAACCAAACUUGAUUUUGAACAGGGCUCUUGAGAACUGCCAGCCCCCUCAGUCCAAACACAGAAACACAUCUGCGGUCUGUUUCUUCCUACGUUGCUUCAGAGUGCGUUCAACCCACGACUGAAGCAAUAACUAAAGGGUCCACGUAGGCUGGCGACCUUUUCAAAGUUCCAGUGUUGCCCAUGUUUGAAACAUGACUGUUCGAUCCAAUCGACACCCAAACCCUUUUAUGGAGUAUAGAUAACAUACUAUAUAACUACAUGUACUUAAGAAACUGUUGAUGCUAGUAGAGCUAUCAGCAGUUCUAUUAGCGAGGUAGUUAAAAAAAAUAAGUGAUCUUAAUUCCUCUAUCGUGAUUUGAUUUCAACCUUUGAUGCUAUGUAAUUUUUUAUUGCUCUGUGCAUUUCUGUAUUUGCAGUCCUGCAAGGUGAAUCUUUAGAGUAUUUUUUAUUUUUAUCCGUUAGUCUCUCCAAGCUGAAACUUUUUGGUGCUGGUGAGAAUGUCGCGGGUCGGGAGCCGGCGAGUGACUGAAGACGUUUUAAUGUGAUUGUCACGUCCUGAUAUCAAAGGACUCUAAUACGCAGGCUUUAAAGGGGACCACUGUGCACGGCGAGAUUUGAUCCUCUCCUGCGUUCACAGAGUAAAUAGAUGCCGUGGCCUCUUGCAGGUGUUGUGGCGGUGUUAUUGUGUGAGACGCAGGCUGGUGCAUUAGAGUUCCCCUUUAAGAUUACCUGAACAAGCCUCAGCUGGUGUAACCGGCUGUUUUUGUGCGUAUGUGUGUGUGUUUGUGCGUACGAGUGUGUAAAAAGACUGAUGAUUAAGAAGAAAAAGAUGCAGUUGAAGAAAGAACCGUACUGUACACAAAGGGUUAAGUUUUAAGUGAAUCAACUCCAGAACAAACAAUAAAUGUGAUUUCAAUUUCAGA